UCUUGUGUGACGACAGUCCCGCGUAUUGGAUGUGACCCUCACGCGCCGUGUUGCGCCCUCAUUUCACCUGUCGGUCUCAGAACACUUCUUAUACCUGCUGAGCUGGCUCCUGCCCUAUUGCCCCUGUGGUGAAGGAACACCGAGGAGAUCGUAUAUCAAUUCAUACUACAGUGCCCAUGCUUCCACUUCCGCUGAGUCCAACUACGCAUUCUACUUCUCUCUGAACCUUCAAGCUUUGAAGCUGUACAGUGCCCAGUGCCCACUCUGCUGGGCCGGCUGGUGACUGCGGGCACCCACUGACACUUAGGAAGACAAGACGGUUGCCACAGUUGUGACUUUCACAGGAAUACAUCAGGGUUCAUGGGACGGGAAAGUGGUUGCUGCGCUAAUACAACAACUUCAGACGUACUCUAGUUUUUAAAAUCCAUUAUUACGCAGCAAUGUGCAAUCCACCAUGUUGUGUGCUGGUGACAGGAGCAUCGGGGCUGCUGGGACGGGCAGUGUGUGGUGUGUUGAGGGAGGCAGGUCAUGCAGUGAAGGGCCUCGCUUUUUCCAGAGCUGGCCCAGGGCUCAUCAAGUGUGACCUAACAGACCUGGAAGCAGUGAGACUCAUAAUUGAAAAAGAGAAACCAAACUUCAUAAUUCACACAGCAGCACAGAGAUUCCCUGACGUGGUGGAGAGUCAGUAUGAAGAGACACGGAUCCUCAACAUCAGGACAGCUGAAAAUAUCGCCUCUGUGGCAAACCAGAUUAAAUGCAAGAUGAUACAUAUCAGCACAGAUUACGUGUUUGAUGGCACUUCUCCACCCUACAAGGUUGGUGACAAGUGCAACCCUCUCAGCAAGUAUGGUCUCACAAAGCUGGAAUCUGAGGAAGCUGUCUUGGCUGCUGCACCAGAUGUAUGUGUGUUGAGGGUUCCUGUGCUGUAUGGUCCUGUUGAGAGACUAGAGGAGAGUGCUGUCACCUGUCUUUUGAACAUCUUGAAGAGCAGUGAGCCCAAGGCUGUGUCUCACCAUGAUCAACGUUGUCCAGCACACGUCAGAGACAUUGCCCUCAUUUUAGCUGACAUGAUUGCCCUCAGUUUGAAGGGACAGAAUCUGAGUGGAAUAUAUCAGUGGAGUGGACGAGAGAAACUCACCAAGUAUGAGAUGACUUUGAAAAUGGCACUAGUGUUCUCCCUGCCCCACAGUCAUGUGACCCCGUCAAUGGAUGCCAGCCCUCUGCGACCCCAUGAUCCUGAGAUGGAUGUGAGCCGCCUCACCGAGCUUGGCAUCAGUCACCACACUAAGUUUGAGGAAGCCAUAAAGGAAUGUUUGGCCUCUUGGGUAUGAGUGAGACUGGUGUGUCUUGUCACCACUCAGAAGCAAAAGGAUGAAUGCUUUACUCAAGAGCAAUAGAAUAUUAGAUCAUUUGGCAGCAAAUCUUCCAACACUUGAUAUAGAUAGUAGAGAUGUACUGAUGUAUCGGAAUCGGCAGUAUUGGCCCUUUUUUUGGGUAUUGGUAUCAGUAUCAGUUUCGGCUUAUUUUAUGCCGAUACUUCCGAUACCUAAAAGGAAUU